AUGACCGACCCGCCGUUCCUCCUGAAGCCUAAGAGGCUCUCCCUCGUCCCGCAGUCGCCGACACGGCUUCGCGUUGGGGAUGACAUCUUCUCGCAUUUGAACCCAGCCACAGUCGUCGAGGCUCUGACGUCAGGCAACGGACCCCUACGAUGCUGCCUCGACGGUGCCUCUGCCGCCGAGCGGGACUUUGCUAUGCGAACAGCCAUUGCUUCACAAAGAAUAUGGGAGUGGGUUGAUGAGCUCUCGGACUGGGAUUGGCCCAUCGAAGGAGGCUCCACGGGGUUUGAGAAUCCCAACGGCACUUCGAGAAGAUUAUCCUUCCAGGUUAACGCACCGAAGAUGGAUGGAAGCGAGUAUAUCGGUAGCCUUCCUGCCCGGGAAGUUGCACUGUAUGAGAGGAGAAUCGAAGAGAUACACAGAGACAUGGACGACCUGGCAGUGGAAGACAUCAAGAGCCAAGUCUUGACCAACCACAUCUUACCCUUAUCGAGGCCGAACACGCCCUUGUCAAUAUCCGGUAAGGGAAUGUCUUCUAUAUCCAGCUACACCAGGAUGGAGGACUUGUCUGCAGUUGUCACAGCGAUUAUUGUGCAGACUCUGCCCGACCUGGCCAGACUCACCCGACUAAUGCGCAUUUGGAGCGUCAGGCUAGCUGUCCUCCAGCGCGUUCCGGCCUUACUCUAUGCAAUUGAGGAUGCCGAGGUCGGCGUCAAGGCUGGCUGGACUGCGAUUUCCAAGCCACUUAGGAGGUCAAUUCAGGUUGAUGGCAAAGGAGCUGUGGUCCAGAAGCCGCGAUUGAAACGAAGCGACUUUGAAGUUAUGCAGAAAGUCCUGGUCAAGAAGGUCUCGACUCCUGGCCGCACAUUGGACUACAUGCUUGAUAGCUUGGAAGGCAUGGACGACACACUUCCAGACAGCUGGCUAGAUCGUAUGGAGGCCGUUGAGCGCAGCUACAGUGAGUGGGUAGCUGCCUGCGAGAGAAAGAUCCGCGAAACAGAGUGGUCCAAGUCUUCGAGAGCCAGGGCAUCUUUGGCGUCGCCUUUGACACAAACUCCAAGGGAGAUCGAAGACAGCACGUCUAGUGAAUUGGCUACUGAUGACUCUGGCAUCGCCAUCGCCCUGCCGCUGCCUUCGAAACCCAACAAGACGCCAGGCAUCCCGGCUAAUUCACCGAGUACAAACGCCGAAGAUGCACCCCAAAUAUUGGCUAGUGACGAUCCGUCUAGUCACGGCACCGAAGCCUCGCAGCAAACUGAAGAUGCCGGCCCGAGAACUCCAUCCGAUCAAGUAGCUUUUGAUCCCGAAUUAACGGACGACUCUUCCACCGAAGCCGAUCUGUCAGUGUUUGCCGAUGUUAAGGACUCACCGAUGGAGCAUGAUUUGUCUGGUCUGAACAGAACCAUGUCUCCAGUGGAUGAAGAGGAGGAAGAAGACGAAGCAGACCUGCCUCCGCUACGAAGCAGCGUCAGACGCUAUAGUAAUACCUCCGACGGCUCCGUCAUGAUACACGGAGAUGGAGACACCAGUCGGUUUGAUCUUCUAACAAGCGACCUCCCUGAAAUGUCAGCAUCGCCUCCAGUUCCCCGAGACCGUAUUCGCGAGGCGCAAUACACGGACGAAAGCCCUCCCAGCUCUCCGCCGCUUCCAAUGGACGACGCGAAGGCCCCUCCGUCCCCACCAUCCCCCAGUGGACUGCUAGAUAGUCCCAUCAUUACGUCGGUUCCCGAAGAUGACGGAUCUGUAUUCGACAAGACGCUGGUCGAAGGCUCGUUUGCAGAAGACUUUGAUGACUCUAUGUCGGUCUCUGAAGUUGGUGGCCCUACGUAUCGAAGAGAAAGCACUGGGGACAAACUGCUACGGCAACAAAUUAGCGAGAUUAUCGAAUCGAUCCCUGCCAAGAUUAAGUUGACGGCAGAAACACCUACUAUCAAUUUGAACCCCCCUGAUUUGCAAUUGCCUCGCAUCAAGAAGAAGACUUCCAAAGAGAUGUUCAAGAGAAGCACAUCUGGCUUGUCAUCUCGCACCGCGACCCCGUCUUUCACCCUAUCACCAGCGAGAAACUCCCGGCCACGCCAUACCCGGGGACAACAAGAAAUCAAGGUCUAUCACUUGUCGCGAUCUACCGGCGAGCCACCCAUCAAGCUCUUUAUCCGCUGUGUUGGUGAGAACGGCGAGCGAGUCAUGGUCCGUGUUGGUGGCGGAUGGGCUGAUCUUAGUGAGUAUUUGAAAGAGUAUGCUAGUCACCAUGGACGUCGCUCCGCUGGGAAAGAGAAGGCUGCCAAGAUUGAAGUUCAAGAUGUUCCUCGCGGCUCAACUCCGUCGGCCAUGGGGACGGGAUCUAGCCCACCUAAUCGCCCUGCUUCCGCUGCCGCCAUUCUGUCACAUAACUCGCCGGCUACACCACUCAAUGUUCGCAAAACAAGACGGAGCAUAGGUGCUGCUAACAGCGAGAUACCGAGAUUGCGACCAAAGACGCCUGCUCUGGGUAGCCAACCUGCAGACGCGCCAUCGUCGGAAGAAUCAACUCGGUCUAGACCUGGAUCUCGUCUCAGCUGGGUUGAAGAUGACAGCUCAUUUCUGGGUCUAGCUGGGCCAACAGGCAAGAAGGUGGAAAUGAGUGAGGAGAGCAAGGCUUGGGUUGAGAGCGUCAAAGAAAAGGUUCGCCAAGUUAGUGGCGAAAGAAGAAUUCCCCCACCAGAAGAGAAGAACAGAUUCGGCGAAUUGGGCAAAGUUGGCGGCACGAAGAGGCUGUUUCGAAAGGCGGCCGAAAAUUCCUCCCAAGGGAGGAGGUGA